UGAAGUUUCAUAUAUUCUUAUCAACGUCGCCCAUUUUUUCGCAUUUUGUUUGAAAUUAUAUUGAAGCUUUAUCAUGACGUUGAAACAAGGAAGUUUUGAAGCAAUUUGUAACCAAGCAACUGCAGCACACAAGGAACGCUAAUCAACCUGCGGGGCAUGAUAUAGGGUUGCUUCUUGAUUUCUUCCGCCGUAACUUAACUUCAGUUUGACCCACCUGUUACCAGUUCUGACUAUUUGGCGUGUAUUGGAAUGACAGUCAUGAGAGCUGUUGCGUAUUUUUCCGUUUUUGUGUCUGUUAUCCUGUCCUUAGGAACAGCACAAAAUGAUGAUUGUGGCCCCUCUACAUUUACCAAUAAAGAGGGCACCAUCAGUUCCCCUGGAUAUCCUCAACCAUACAAAAGGGACACUGAUUGUUAUUACAAUAUUACUGUUUGGGGUGCAUCCAGUAUUUCUGUCCACUGGAACUCAGCAGUAGAUUUGGAAAAGGAAGCUUGCAACGCUACUUUGGGCGGAGAUUUCCUUUACAUAACUUUAAGUAACGGGACGCAAAUGGAAGAGUUAUGCGGUGCCAACCGCACACAGGAGGAUUUUACUGUCGAGGGCGACUCCUUGUUCUUUAGGUUUGUUACUGAUCGUUCAGGUGCAGCUGGAAAAGGAUUUAGUUUCCAGUACACCGCGAAUUACAGCAAUGGCGGAGACUUGAACGUGUUCUCAGUUUCAAAAAUGUUCAUCUGGCUACUGAUGGUGGCAUUUCUUAAUGCAUGUAUCAACAAUGCUUGAUUCUUUGAUGACUGAGAAACAUUUCAAAACUUUAAAACUGGUUUUAAAGGUUUUCGAAAGAAAAUAGUAUGCACAAAACAUUGGUCGUUUGACCAUUAUAAACAUACAUAGUUCUUAGCAAUGUGGAUGUCUUCUACAUUAUGCUCUCUAAUGCUAAUUAGAUUAUUGCAGUUUCGUGUAUACCAUUGUGUGAUAAGCUAUCACUAUGUUUAUUGGCAUUUCUGAUAUACUAGUAAGUGGAAAUUUUACAGGAUUUUGUGUAAUUCAUUGCAAAUAGAAAGAGUGUAUAUAUAAUGUAAUAUAGUCAUUGCCAUUUUGAAGUGCUGAUUCUAAAAAUUAUAAUUGCAAGAAACCAGUUAUAUCUGUUUUUUGCUAUUUAGACUUCAUGUAUUCUACGAGGUUUUUUUUUUUCAAUUAGUGUUUGUUUUCAGAACACAAUUGAAAAUAUCAAAUCAAAUUAAUAGAUUUUGACAAACACAGGUCCUCUCGAAUUGAGUAUAUCCUUCCUUAAGGAAAAUUUCCAAAUUACCCACAAUUACCUGCAAUUAAUGACAUUUGUAUCACUGAAGAGAAUUUUUUUUUUUACUGAAGAUUGAAUUUGAAAGGGACAUAUCUCUUAAUAACUAUGUCAUAUGCCAUCAAAUUACAACGAUGCACGUUGGUAAUGUAAAUGAUACAUGAGUUA